GACCACAUCACACAGGUCACGUGAUACUUCCACAGUCCAAAAUUUUGCCGCCAUUUUUUCCUAGAACGGUCUUGGGGUUUUCUUCUCCUGUUUGAGUCAACUUUUCAGCAUACAGGAAGCUUUUAAACAGUGACAAUGCCGCGGGAGAUAAUAACGUUACAGUUGGGACAAUGUGGGAACCAAAUUGGAAUGGAGUUCUGGAAGCAACUCUGUAUGGAACAUGGAAUAAGUCCAGAGGGAAUUCUUGAAGAUUACGCAACUGAGGGAACAGACAGAAAAGAUGUGUUCUUUUACCAGGCUGAUGACGAACAUUACAUCCCCCGGUCGGUGCUGUUGGAUCUGGAGCCUCGAGUCAUCAACACCAUCCUGAACUCCCCCUACGCUAACCUCUACAACCCUGAAAACAUCUACAUGUCCACACACGGGGGAGGGGCAGGCAACAACUGGGCCAGUGGGUAUGCACAGGGUGAGAAAGUACAGGAAGAAGUAUUUGACAUAAUCGACAGAGAAGCUGAUGGAAGUGAUAGUCUAGAGGGUUUUGUAGUCUGCCACUCCAUUGCAGGAGGUACUGGUUCUGGCAUGGGGUCUUACAUGAUAGAGAAACUUAAUGACAGAUUUCCCAAGAAGUUGAUCCAGACCUACUCAGUGUUUCCCAACCAGGAUGAGAUCAGUGAUGUGGUGGUUCAGCCGUACAACUCCCUCCUCACACUCAAGAGACUCACACAAAAUGCUGACUGUGUGGUGGUGCUGGACAAUACAGCCCUGAACAGGAUUGCAGUAGACAGACUUCACAUCCAGAACCCUUCCUUCUCUCAGAUCAACUCUUUGGUGUCUACCAUCAUGUCCACCAGUACCACCACCCUGAGAUACCCAGGCUACAUGAACAACGAUCUUAUCGGCCUCAUCGCCUCCCUCAUCCCCACACCACGUCUACACUUCCUCAUGACAGGCUACACUCCACUCACCACGGACCAGAAGGCUGCCAGUGUGAGAAAGACGACUGUGCUCGACGUGAUGCGGCGCUUGCUACAGCCCAAGAACAUGAUGGUGUCGACGGACCGUAUCCGUCACAUCAACCACUGCUUCAUCUCCAUCCUGAACAUCAUCCAGGGGGAGGUGGACCCCACACAGGUGCACAAGAGUCUGCAGCGCAUCCGCGAGAGGAAGCUCGCUCAGUUCAUCCCCUGGGGACCAGCCAGCAUACAGGUGGCGCUGUCCAGAAAGUCUCCCUAUGUCCAGUCUGCACACAGAGUCAGUGGGCUCAUGCUGGCCAACCACACCAGCAUCUCAUCAUUGUUUGAGAGAUGUCUGAAGCAGUACGACAAGUUGCGGAAGCGCGAGGCCUUCCUGGAACAGUUCCGCAAGGAGAAUGUGUUCAAGGACAACCUGGACGAGCUGGACAACUCCCGGGAGGUUGUCCAAAAGCUGGUGGACGAGUACCACGCUGCAACCAGACCUGACUACAUCUCCUGGGGUGCUCAGGAGGCAGCUGAGGGAAGAUCAUAAGAAGACUACUGGACUAUCCAUUCUUGAGAGGUGGGGGCUUCUUAAAAAGAAAGCUUGAAAGUUCAAGUUGAAAGCAACAAGGAAGUUGUAAAGUUUUUGUUUUGUUCUUCCUGAUUGUGUACAUAUAUUUUGACAAAAGUCAUAAAAAUAUUGAAAGUAUCUUUCGCGUCACCAGCAUUGUGUGUAAGUACAACUUGAAAAAGAAGAUAUUUUUUCUUGAUACAAUAUGUAAGUUUAUUUCUUAUUCUACAUUCUUAAAUGACUCAUUUUUUGAAACAGAGCUUCCUUUGCAAAACUUCCUUGAAGAAAGGAAAGUGUGACAAACUUACACAUGAAUAAAAUUUUUUCUUGAAAACAUCUGUGCUUUGUAACCAAAUAUAUAUUCACAUUUGCAAAUAUUUAAGAGUGAAAAAGACUUGAAUUGUGAAGAUUGCAGGCUUCCUAUUACUAGUAAGUAAAAAUUAAUGUGACAUUCUCUGUGUAUACAUUUCUCUUGACCAUAUAGUCAAUCUCUAAAGUCAAUCGGUACCACAUUGAGCAUGGGAUCUUGAAUUGUUGAAAAUCUAUAAAAGGAAAAAACAGCCCUCAAACUGAGUAGAAGUUAAGUGCCAACCAUGUCUUAAUGAUGAAAAACAACAAUUUUACAAUACUGAAAUGCAGUACAUUUAUUUCAAUAGCAACCAACAAGGCAUGUGUACAUGUAUCCAGACAUUGUAGGGCCAGAUAUGCAUGUUGUAAUGGAUAUGGUGUAUCUGCACAAUUUUAUACUGUUUGUAUGCUACAUAUAGUCAUUUUCUUGAUUGAUAAAGGCACAUAACAUUCACAUGUAGCUGUCAACAUUAAACAUCUAAAAUAAAUGGCUUGCAUCUGCCAAUACUCUUGGAUA